GUAAUUGUUCCUGUGUUAAGUUGCGCUCAGAUCUGUCUUGAGAUCGGCACUUGCACAGUAGGACCGCUUGGUGUAUUGCACCUCCCAACAUACCUGACUCCUGGAAUUAUUUAACUCCGAGCCAGGCACGGCGAUAAAAGGACUCUUCGACCUCUUUGUAAAACUAUAAUAGCUGACUCGGGAGCAGCAAUGUAAUUUAUAGGUGGAGUUGCGUGGUAUUUCAACCAUCUUGCGCACUACCGCUGAAGAGGAAUGGGUAAUCAAGUUGAAAAAUUGACACAUUUAAGUUACGAGGAAGUUCCAACUGCGGAUCCGAACGGCUUGGAUACCGAGGACGACGGUCCACGAAUCGGAGUGUCGUAUAUUUUCUCAACCGAUGAUGGCGAGUUGGAGGAUAACGGAGGAAUAGAUAAGGACCAGGACCAGGAAGAGAAGCAUUAUGACAAGCGCAACGAGCUGGAGUGUGCAGUGUUCAGACGAGAUGAAUGCAUUUACGAGAAAAGCUCGAAAACGGUUGACAUGUGUACGUACUCCGCUGAGAGUUUGUUAAAUAAGUGCAAACCAGGUGACUUGGUGGAGUUCGUGGCAACAGGCCAAUAUCCCCACUGGGUUGUUUACGUGGGGAACUUCCAGGUCGUUCAUUUGCACCGAGCCGAGAUAAAGAACAGUUUCCUGACCGAUGCCAGUCGGGGCAGAAGAGGUAGGAUUGUCAGUGAUCUUUAUAAAUUGAAAUCGCUGAGUCCUGAGGUUGUUGUGCAAAACGCAAUGGAACAAGUCGGACUGAAAGAUAGAGAGCUGAGUUGGAGGAACUCUGAAUGUUUUGCUGCCUGGUGCAAAUUUGGUAAGCGUGAGUUUAAAAUUGGUGGCGAGAUACGGAUCGGAAAGCAGCCUUAUAGGCUUAAAAUUCAACUGUCUGAGAAAAAGGCCCAUAUUCUGGAAUUUCAGAGUUUGGAGGACUUGAUCACGGAGAAAAGGAGAAACGACCAGACUGGCAGGGCUGUCGUUAUCCAGGAGCUUGCAAACCAUCUCAACUGCGUUGAGGAAAUCAGGAGUGAGCAUAUUGCCAAUUGAUGGCAAUGAUGCUCAAAUCAAAGUGUUGGUGGGUCUCUUGGAAACCAGAUCAUUCUUCAGAGGCGGGACAAUAUUUUUAUCGACACUGAACUAAUUUACAUUUACUUAAACGAAACAUUAAGUUUCAUACGCAAUGGCCCGAUUACCCAGACAAGGAUUAAGCCUAGUCUUGGACUAAAAACAUUUCCCAAUGGAGGUGUCCACUGAAAAACGAAGCUUAUUGUUGGGCUAGGCCCAAUAUGGCGUAUGCAGCGGAACACAAAAAGGUUACUGGAUGGUUUUGACAUGAGAUGUGAGCGUCAGUAAGAGCCUUGUCAUUAACAUAAGCACAUGUGAAGCAUUAUGAAAUGUCAUGGAGAUGUUGUUUAGGUUGUAUUGUACAAAGGUACCGUUUUUGGUACUUUGGUAAUUCAUUACUAAACCCUGCCCUUGAAAUUACUGUAUUCUGCAGGUAUAAAUUUUUUUCCAUAUGACAUUAAGAACUUCAUAAUGCGACUUUUUUUCUAACCUCAUAUUAAGUAAUAAAUGAUUUAUUUCAAUGUAUGUCCUACAUUUAUUUGUAUCAGUUAGAGCAUACACAUUAAAGUCAUACAGUGCAAGUCUAUACAUGUGAUGGCUUAUGAUGCAUUCUCAACCACAGUUUACUGAUAUUUGAAAAACUGGAGUUAAAUGAUAUGGAUAUUUUAAGGGCAUUCUGUCACUUCUAUUUAUGUGGGUAUUAUUUGAAGGUAAACAAAACUAGUAGCUAACUAUGAUGGUGAAGAAAAACUGAUACUCACUAUAAAGUACUCCAAUAUGGGUCAAUAGGAAAUACUCUUAUGAAUGUGAGGAGAGCCUCUAAGUGCAGCCUAACUGGAUUUUUUUUAACCUGCUGCUAAAAAUUCUUACCCGGAGAAUGUUUGGGUAUUUAGGAUGACCUGAGAUGCUAUCUGAGUGGAAUGCUUCCCAGAUGAUGAUGAUUACAUACAGUAUAGUCCACAGGAAUAGACUGCACUUAAAAUCAAUUUCAGAUCCAAAACAGCAAAUUGAAAAAGGCAUAUAUUUUCAGUCAAGCACAAGCUGCUGUCCUAAUGCACUGACCUGAUGGUUUUCUUUGAAGAUCGCUUUUUUAAGAGUGAAAGCAUAAAAAUUGUGAUUUUGAAGGCUGUAGGAAAUAACAAAUCCAAAAACUGAAUAAAAAAAACAACAUAAAACUG